AUGGAGGAUCAGGUACUCCGAUUUGUGAUUGGACGUGACCCGCAUUUGAUUCAUGAUUGUAUGACGGCUUCACUUCAAGAGGAUAUGGAUAUUUCUCGUAUUCAGGAGCUUGAGUCAUCACCUGAUGUUGUUAUAGGUAUAUUAUCAAUCUCCUCCCAUGAGGUGUAUGCAUUAAUAGAUCCAGGCUCUUCUUUAUCAUCUGCCACUCUUUUUAUUGCUAGUAAGUAUGGUAUAGAAUCUGAGAAGAUUAGACCUUUUGAGGUGUCUACACCUAUUAGUGACUCGCAAGGGUUGCCGUGGUCUCCAAGAACCACCGUAGCAAAUUUGAUUGAACUGGAUGUGGUAGACUUUGAUGUUAUUAUUGGUAUUGACUGGGUCAGAGAGAAAGAUAUUCCGAAGGCGGCAUUCUGGACCAGAUAUGGUCACUUGGAGUUCCUUGUGAUGUCUUUUGGGUUGCCUAAUGUGAUAGCAGUAUUCUUGGAUUUGAUAAACAUCAUGAUUAGACUUUUCAUAGAUCUGUUCAUGAUUGUGUUAAUCGAUGAUAUUCUAGUCUACUCUCAAUCAGAGGCUGAACAUGCGAAUCAUUUGCGUGCUAUGCUCAGGGUUCUUCAGGAUAAGAAGCUGUAUGUGAUGUUAUCCAAAUAUGAGUUCUGGUUGAACUCCGUGGCUUUUCUUGGACAUAUUGUAUCAGGUGAAGGCAUCAUGGUUGACACCCAAAAGAUAGAGGCUGUGAGGACUUGGCCUAGACCCAUGACACCGACGGAGUUUGUCUUACUUGCAGCAGAGAAGAGGGAGUUAGCUUACAAGCUUCAUCAGUUAGCUAGCCUAGGAAUUCAAUUAUUGGACUUCGGCAAUGCAGGAGUCACAGUUCCGGAUACAACGACAUCAUCCUUAGUAGUUCAGGUUAAGGAACACUGGUAUGAGGAUCCUUCCUUGAUUCAGUACGGGGAGACAGCCCCACAGAAAAAGAAGUCACCCUUUGAGAUUUCUGGAGAUGGAGUUUGA